UAUAUGUUUCAGGGAACAAAAUAAAUUGCAGUCUUGUUUAUAAAUAACUGUUUCGCGGAAAUAUUGUUCAACAGAAAUAUUCUUAUCGCAAUGUAAUAAGGUGAGAUGAGAUGAGAUAGAAUUUGGUUUGAAUAUUCAGUUGUGCGAAACAGAAGCGGCCGUUUGGUUGGAUCGGGCAUUAUACGGAUCAAGUGUUCUUGCAAAAACUCACAGCGAAAAAGUAUCGCAUGAAAUCUGUGACUUUUUUUCUAAUAAUAACUGAACCAAAAAAAUAAUAUAUAGAAGAAUCAGCUAAAAAUAAGAAUAUAUGAGUGUAACGUGAUUUUGUUUAAUUUUGCCAAUAACUUAUAAAUAGCGAAAAAAAUAUCCUUCAUAAAUAGAAAACAGAAAAUUCAGUUUACAUACAUUUUUUAAUACCGAAUGCAACCGAGUUUCAUUCACAAUUAAAAUGCUUGCGACGUCAAAGCGAAUUAGCUUCGUGUUUAUUGUUCUUUUUGCUUGUUCGAGGCUUGGCGCGGCAGAUCAGGAAGAAAAUGAUCCCUGUGAAACCGACGAUUAUAGAGGGGUAUGCUACACAGCUGGAAAUUGUCCACAUUUAAAGGAUGCAAUGACAGCGAUGGGCCUCAAUAGCACUUUCGUGGGGACUUGUGGAUUCACGGUUUUUGAAGAGAUCAUUUGUUGUCCAAAUGAAGUGAGUUUUAGAACAACAACUACUAAAUCGACGGAAUUCACCACGAUAUCAUCAAAAUCCAUACGCGAUUCGCUAAAGGGGCUUACGCCCGAGGAAAGUAAGCGGCGUAUCAAAGAGUUGAUGCGGGAAGCAAUGGGUGGAUUAGAACGACCGCCAAUGAAGAGCAAUGCCACAAGUUUGCGUUCAUCGGAACGCCCAGCUGAUCGUGCAUGCAAAGAAAUCGAAAAACAGCUAAUGCCCAGUCUGCAAGCGCAUGUACUUAACGGAACCGCGACCAAUUUCGGCGAGUAUCCGCACAUGGCGAGAAUUAUAUUCGACUCAGAUAGAUUGCGGUGUGGUGGCGUCUUAAUCGAUAAGCGUUUCGUGCUCACAGCUGCGCAUUGCGUGCGAAACAAACAGGGAAAACCAAUCAAGGUUGUGUUGGGUGUAAGUGACUUUAAUGAUAAAACUCAGAUCGACUAUCGACAGGAUAUAGAUAUUAAACAAACCCAUUUACCGCAAAACUAUAGUGAGUUUAGCUUUUACGAUGAUAUUGCUUUGAUUGAAUUGGCCAGAGAUGCCGAGUUUAGCCAAGGCGUAUAUCCAACCUGUCUACACACCGACCAAAUGGAACUGCCUUAUGAUAUUGAUCUAAUUGUCACCGGUUUUGGCAUAACUGAAAAUAAAAAGGCCUCCGAUCGUUUAUUGGCGGCCAAUUUGACGUACAUACCCGUUUUAUUGUGCGAUCAAGGUUACGCUGAUGUCAAGGAUAUUCGUCUCAACCGCGGCAUCGUUGACACACAGCUCUGUGCCUUUUCACCGGAUAGCGAUGCUUGCCAGGGUGACUCUGGCGGUCCGAUACAUAUUGUCAAAGAUAAACAUUAUAAUAAUUAUCGUGUCGUUGGCGUAGUUUCAUUCGGCUUUGAGUGUGGUUCGGAGUUGCCGGGUGUGUAUACCAGAGUGUCGGAAUAUUUAGACUUUAUCGAAGCCGUUGUAUGGCCGGAUGGAUCUCCAAGCAAAAUGCGAAGAAUACCCACAAAUAAGCUUAAAGAGAAUACUCGGUUGUUUAUCUUGCUCAUACUAAGCGCUCUCAGCGCUGCGAAACAGUACAACGAGGGUGAUUUCUGUGAUUUUGCGGGUUACAACGGAACAUGCUUAAGAGCCACAAAAUGUUCUCACUUACCGGCCUUGGCGCAUACCUUGGGUUUGAGACGAGAGCAAAUUGGUCAUUGUGGUUUUUCGAUGAUGGAAGAAAUAAUUUGUUGUCCUUUACCAACACUGCAAAGUCCAGUUCCCAACAUUUUAGAAGAAUUUAAGCCGACCGAAACUCGUGCGUUACCUGAGGAGAGUAGUGAAAAACCUAGAGCAGGCAUACAAAUAGAGACCGGGCGUUCAAAUGCUGUCAGGGCUGGAGACAAUACAAACGAGGAAAGCAAUAUUCUUGAUAGUAUAUUUAAAAAAUAUGUUAAACCGAUUGUGGCUGUGAACGAAAACGAGCGAAUAAAAAUGCCAAACGGAAAUGCAAAUGAAAGACUAAUCCAACUAUUUAAUGGAAACAUACCGAUUCAUGGUAAAGCCGAGGGCAGCAUAAAAGGUGGCAAUGAAAACCGGGUGCCCGCUGGAAAGGUUGGACAACGAAUGCAAGAGAUUGACAUUUCCGCGCCUAUCUGGAACGUGAAAGCUGAUACACCAUGUGAGACGAGACACUAUAAUGGCACAUGCAAGACAAAAAUACAGUGCAGACAUUUAGCCGCUAGCUUGGCGAACAUGCGUUUAAAUGAUACGGAUGUGGCUCAUUGCGAUCAAGAAGAUAUAAUUUGUUGUCCCAAUAUUGAGCGACCAGCUGUUCGUGCCUGUCGAGACAUUGAACGCAGUUUAGGGCCAUAUCAAGGGGAACAUGUUAUCGGUGGCCAUAAAGUGUCCGCCACGGAAUACCCUUUUAUGGCUCAUAUUUUUUAUGACCGCCCGGAUUAUAUCUGUGGUGGCACAUUGAUUCACGAGCGUUUCGUGUUAACAGCAGCGCAUUGUGUCGUAGUGAGGGGAGGCAAAGCUGUAAAAGUAACUUUGGGUGUUGCUAAUAUAAAUGAUCCUAAAGAAGCGCGCUAUCGGCAAGAUAUAGAUAUUAAGAGAACGAUUGAGCAUGAGCAAUAUUCAAGCUUUUCAAACUAUUUCGACAUAGCAGUGAUUGAAUUGGCUAAAGCGGUCGAAUACAGUCUAACCGUUAAUCCGACAUGCCUGCAUACCGAUCAAGCAGAGUUACCUGAUGGCAUUGAACUAACUACGGCUGGAUGGGGAAAGACCGAGAAUGGAGGGACCUCAGAACAUUUAUUAGCGGUGCAGCUGAAUAAAUUAUCGCUUGCACAAUGUAAUCAAAGUUAUGCGUCUAGAAUUGGACGUGCUAUAAAUCAUGGCAUUGAAGAUACACAACUCUGUGCGCUUGCGCACGGAAAGGAUUCGUGUGGCGGUGACUCCGGUGGCCCUUUACUUCUAAGUGAAAAUGCGGCUUAUAACAGCUACAGAGUCGUCGGGAUCGUUUCCUUUGGUUCAGAAGUAUGUGGCGGAACUAUGCCGGGUGUAUACACCAGGGUGUCAAAGUUUUUGGAUUUCAUUGAAGCCAUUGUCUGGCCGGAUGAACUGCACUAAAGUUAGUCCAUAUUUACACAGUAUAUAUCAUAAAUUAAUAGACAUAUGUAUAACUAAGUAACUUAAAAAUAAACUACAACUAUUUUAAGUGUUUGUAAAGUAAAAAGAAAAUCUAUGAGAAUUAUAAUAAUAAAAUACACGAAGCUAAGAAGUGAUUA